AUGGACCUACGCAGGGCCACGGCCGAGGACGAUGUAUCAUCCACGACCGCUCCUACGUCGCCGCCCCUCAGGCGGCGUGUAUCGAUGGAGGAGGACCUCUACUACCAGCGUGUCAUGACAAGUCCGCGCCGACCCUCCCAGCCGCCUCCGUACCAGCCAGAGCGAGAUCCGCCGCCGACAACGUCGAAUGUCUCCCAUGAUGGGGAUCAUACAGGAAAAGAAAGCCUACCCGACUAUAAGAACUCAAUAUUACUGGAAGGUGUAUUUGACAAGAAACACGAAAUCGAAAACUUGAUAAAGAGGGCCGAAGACCGCCAAUGGUAUCCCGUUCAUGUCUGUUUGAAUGGAACAGCGCUUAGCAUAUAUGGUACCAAGAAGGCAUGGAGUUGGGGUAGAACACGCAGUGACGGGCCAUCGGUCGACCCAGAUAACCCUCCAUGGGUGAAGAGGGGCAAGCUUGAGAAGACAUAUAGCCUUUUGUAUGCGGAUGUCGGUAUUGCCGCUGACUAUACGAAGAGGCGAUAUACCAUCCGUAUUCGAGCCGAGACAGACCAAUUUCUACUAUGCUGUAUCGAGCUGAGUACAUUUAACAAAUGGCUCGAAGGUCUGUUCGCAGCUAUCGAUAUUGCUCUGCCUCUGGAAGACCGAGAUUUCCCGCGUGAUAUGUCUAUUCCCCGAAUACAACGAAUUCGUUGGUUCCAUGGCCAAACGCCGACGGCUACAGCUAUUGAUUUGUCAGAACUAGGCAUUGAAGGAGGAUCUGAAGAAGUCUCUGUGACAACAAAUGAGGCUCGUCCAUCAGCGCCACCUUUGCGAUUAGCUCCAGAAUCUCAAACCAGGCUAGAACCUGAAAUUGAGGUUGAAGGAGAUGAAGAAGAAAUGGUUGAACCCCAUCCGCGAAUAGACCUUGCCCGUCGUCUCAGCACAACGUCAUACAACAACAUGGGCAUUGACCCUGUCGAUGGAAAAUGGAUACCAGAACAUCAGUGGUCGAGUGCUCAUGACUUGCUGUAUGCCAAGCUCUGUUACAGCAACCUACUCUUUAGAAGUCCCCGCAAAACACCAUACAUCAUCAGCAAGGGCAAGAAGUUCUAUGUUGAUUGGACGACAGGCCGAAUGGUCAGGGUCCUCCCGCCUGCCUACGGUGAGAUCGACUACUUUGGGGCUUGGCAAACGGUUCAUACCGAAAACAGACUUAUCUGA